AUGGCCAGAAACAAGAACAAGAAGGGCCAAGGCCAAGGCGCCGCCGGUAACCAGAACCAGCCGGGCAAUAGCAGCAAGCCUGAGGAGGCCAAGCCCGAGGAGCAGCAGCAGCAGUCUUCCCUAGACCAAAAGACGGAAGAGCAGAAGCCCGAGGGUACCACACCGGUCGGGGAAUUUGGUAACCCCGCAGAGGGCGAGGGGAACCCCACCAGCACCGAUGAGAAGAAGGCCGAAGUAGACAGCAGCAAGCCCGAAGACGCGGCUGCCAAGACGGACGACAAGACACAAGAAGAUGAGAAGAAGCCCGGCGACGACGUGAAGCCCGAAGACGCUGCUGCUGGCGCCGACACGCAGUCAAAAGACAAGCCUGAGACGGAAGAGCAGAAGCCCGUAGGCCAAGAGACCACGGACAAGAAGCAAGCCUCAGCAAACCAGGCCGGCGUCGAAGACGAAGCGGAGCCAGAGUCCAUCGUCGACAACGACAAGAAGCCCGCAGCAGGCAAGGAGCAGGAGCAAGCAGAGCCCGCAAAGGUACGCUCCCGCGACUCUGGCCGCACAGAACGAGAAGCUGACCUCGAGGAGCCCACUGAACUCCAGGACGGCGAGGAAGACUACGCCGAGGGCGAAGAGGGCGCUGAGGGCGAGUACUACGACGACGACGAAGAGUUUGAAGAAGGCGAGGACGUUGAGGUCUACGACGACGACGAGUAUUACUCUGGCGACUCGCAAGACGAAGGGGAGUACGACGACGACGAGGACUACGACUCCCAAGAGGAGGAAGAGGAGGACGACGGCGGCAACUACACGACCGCGCAAAAGGGCGGCAACCAGAACCAGCAGAUGAUGCAGCGCCAGCGCCAGCAGCAGAUGCAGCAGCAGCAACAACAGCAGAUGAUGAUGCAGCAACAGCAGCAGCAGCAGAUGCAGGGCGGCGGCGGUGGCGCGGGCAAGAACCCGCUCAAGCUAAGGCUUGACCUGAACUUGGAUAUUGAGAUUACGCUCAAGGCCAAGAUCCACGGUGAUUUGACGCUGGCAUUGCUGUGA